GAAGAUACACUUCUGCAUAGUAAAUUCAGAGCUGCUGUAUCCUUGAAACAAACAUCCAAUCUCUCUUUUAAAUCAAAAUUUGGUGACGUAGCCAUAAUCGAAAACGCUUUAUCUGUCUACAGAUUACCACAACGCUUCGAUCAGUCAAUAAUCAACUAAUCACAACUACCGCAAAAUAUUAAACUGCACAAAACAACAUGUACAUAUCGACUCGCGGCGCGAUUUUUCGUGCUAGAUCUUGCUAGAUCCUUAGAACAUAUAUAUAUCGUAAGAUGCACUCUAUCGAUGUUACUUUUAUUUCGAAACAUUUGAGCCAAUCAACACACAAAAUCUUGCGAUAUCUGUCAUAGCUGAUGUUCCAUCUAUGUAUUUUGUAUGUCUAUGUCACUAUAUGUGUUUUUGACAGAUUGUGAAAAGGUUAACUCCACUCUGAGCAAAAAAUAUAUAUACAUUUGUUUAUAUUACACAAGUUCUCUAAUGUAUCUAUAAUUAUCUCAUAGUUUAUUUGGUGCAACGCAUUAUUUCAAAAUGGAAAAUGAUAAUCCUGUUAUAUAUGGACUCGAAUUCCAAACUAGAGCACUGUCUGCUCAAACAGCUGAAACUGAUGUUGUAAGAUUUUUGAUAGGUACACAAUCUUUAAACUUUAGCAAUAAUCAAAUUCAUUUGGUGGAACUUAAUGAGGAAACGGGUAAUUUAAAGACUCAAGUAUUUCAGCAUCCAUUAGGAGAAAUUUGGUCCCUACAAGCUUCUCCAGCUGAACCUGAUGUAUUUAUUACGUGUUAUAAUCAUUUGAGUGAAGAAGGCACUUGUCAAAUGAAAGGAGCUAUUUGGAAAUUUCCCGAGAUAAAAGAAUAUACAAAUGACAUUUUGCAACUCGAUAAAUUAGCAGAUAUUGAUACAACCCUGUAUGGUACCGAUCUUAAAACUAUUGCUUAUCAUCCUACGGAUUGUAAAAAGAUUGUAUCUGUAGUAGACAAUAAUUUUAUUUUAUGGGAUUUAGCAAACAAAGGGCCACAGGUAGCAGCUUCUGGUACUUUGACAGGCAAGGGUCAGCCACGAUUUACAAAUGGUAAAUGGAAUCCUCAUAAUGGUGCCAAUCAGUUUGUAACUUUAAAUGAAAAUAACGUUCGUGGAUGGGAUUUUAGAAGCCCAGCCAAUGCUGCUUGGUCUAUUUUAUCUGCACACUCGCAAAUUAUUAGGGAUUUAGAUUUUAAUGCAAAUCGUCAGUAUUUUCUAUCCACCUGUGGAGAUGAUGGAUAUAUGAAAUUUUGGGAUAUUCGAUUACCAACAGAACCCGUACUAUCGCGUAUGGAACAUUCACAUUGGGUGUGGAAUAUAAGAAUUAAUCGUUUUCACGAUCAGCUGGUUUUAACAUCUAGUAGUGAUUCUAGAAUAAUAUUAUACAGUAUUGCAUCUAUUUCAUCUGAACCAUUUGGACAUAUGGUGUCAACUGAAGAUGAAUUUCCUUUACAAAAUGAUGAAUCCUGUGGAAAAAGAAAAUUAGAAGAUGGCCUUGUAGGAAGAUACGAAGAGCAUGAAGAUAGCGUAUAUGCAGUGGAAUGGUCGUCUGCUGAUCCCUGGACAUUUGCUUCUCUUAGUUACGAUGGUAGAUUAGUUCUUAACAAAGUACCACGUAAAUAUAAAUAUCAAAUACUUUUAUGAAUCUAAAUUAUUUGAUAGAUGAGAUUUUUAUAUAUAUAUAUAUAUAUAUAUAUAUAUAUAAAUAGUCAUUUUAAUCAAUGCACGUAAAUUUUCUCGUAUAGUAAGCAAGAUGGAAAAAAAUGUCCCAAACAAAAGUUUUUUGACUAUGAGGAGGACAUAAGAUAAUGUCCUUGAUUUUAACUGAACAUUUUACAAGAUAUUUUACAUUUUAUGCUAAAAAAUUGUAAAAACUUUAAACUUUUAUCAUUUGAAAAGUACUUCAUCAAACAACACUUUAUUAUAGGAUUUUGGAAAGCUCUUCAGAUAAGCUAUAAGAAUAUGUAAUGAAAAAUAGCAGGUUUCAUUUAAGAAAUUG